CGUGAAAUUGAAUUGGAAAGCCUCAAAAGACGUGGGGCUGACAUGAACGUCGACGCCUCUUGUUCUGCUUCUGUCUCAAACCUCCUCAUCUCCUCGUCGUCCUCCUUGCAGAUUGACCUGCAGAUCGAAAUGGCCGAAGAGUUCCCCCCAAUGAAGAAUGACCUCAUUCUGAGGACCGCCUGGGGCCAAGAUGUGGAACGGGCUCCGAUAUGGAUCAUGAGACAGGCUGGUCGAUACCUGCCCGAGUAUCACGAAGCAAAGGGCACCCGCGACUUCUUCGAAUGCUGCCGUGACCCCGAGGUCGCCUCGACUCUUACCCUCCAACCCAUUGAGCGCUUUGACGGUCUUCUCGAUGCCUCUAUCAUAUUCUCUGACAUCCUCGUCAUCCCCCAGGCCAUGGGAAUGCACGUCGAGAUGGUCGACAAGAAGGGCCCACACUUCCCGCAACCCUUGACGUCGCCCGACGAUGGCCAGUACGAACAGGUCCUCGGUGGGAAUGUCGAUGUCGCAUCAGAGUUGGACUAUGUCUACAAGGCCAUCACUCUCACAAGGAAGAAGUUGAACGGGCGAGUACCUUUGAUUGGUUUCUGCGGCGCCCCCUGGACUCUCCUGUGUUACAUGGUUGGCAACGAUUCCAAGACAAACAGAGAAAGCAAGACAUGGAUUUACAAAUAUGCGGAGGCCUCAAGAGCUAUGCUACAGAAGAUAUCAGAAGUUUGCGUCGAGUACCUGGCUCUGCAAGUCAAGGCUGGUGCUCAGCUGAUUCAAGUUUUUGAUUCGAAUGCUGGCGAGCUAUCGCCAUCUGCUUUCAAAGUUUUCAGCGAACCCUACUUGGCAUACAUCGCCAAACACUUGCCGCUGAGAUUGAAGGAAAUGGGCCUGGACCGAGUCCCUACCAUUGUCUUCCCUAAGGGUGCCACAGCCAUGCUCGACUCAUCCUGCGAUCUUGGCUACGACGUUGUUGGGCUUGACUGGUGUACAGAUCCCGCCGAUGCUGUCAAGAUUCGCGGAAACAGACGUACAAUAUUCCAAGGCAAUGCGGAUCCUGCCAUCUUGUACGGAACCCACGAAAAUAUCACCGCAACUGUUGAACAUAUGGUGAAAGGAUUUGGUGGUGGUAAGAAGGGGUGGAUCGCCAACCUCGGCCAUGGUAUUACCCCGUGGGUCAAGCCCGACGAUCUCAAGUUCUAUCUAUCCGAGGUCAAACGUAUAAGCAGUGCCUAAGGCCGAAAACCAUGACAUACAGAUGUUCAUAAUCGCCGAGUGCCAGCAGAUCGAUCCAAGUCUAUCCUGCUCCAAGAACUUGUCCACAUGACCUUGCCUCCAAGGCUUCUGCAAACAGCUUGAGACUGGGCAUUGUCAGGUGCUACAUCAGCCAUGCAGUAGCCAUCGCUUCCAAAGUCCUUCAGGUGAUGCCGCAUGAGUUUGGACGCCACGGCUUUGGCAAAGCCCUGUCCACGAUGCUGUUCCUCACAAUGAAGACUCAUCAGAGAUCCAUCCGUGCCUGUAUGCUGUUAGAAGUCGCCUCCGAAUCGAACCUGCCCAAACCUUGGGGGCUGUCUUACCUAAGAAGGCCCAAGCAAUCGG